UCAUAACGUCGAGAUGGAGCCGAACUCACUGAAGUGGGUGGGCUCGUCUUGCGGUUUACAUGGACCAUAUAUAUUCUAUAAAGCCUUUAAAUUUAACCGGGACGCCAAACCGAGAAUUCUUGCUCUCGGAGACUUUUUCUUCGUCCGAUGUAAACCCGAGGAUCCUAUUUGCAUAGCGGAGCUUCAGCUUCUCUGGGAAGAAAGAACAAGCAAGCAACUUUUAUCAAGCUCCAAACUUUAUUUUCUACCCGAGGAUACCCCCCAGGGACGGAUAGUCGCUCAUGGAGAGCAUGAGGUAAUUGCGGUGUCUGAGAAGGUGAUUGUACGGCUUGAGGACCUGGUGAAGUGGACAGUACCAGAUUUCUCAGGAUGGGGCAACGGUCUGAAGGUAGAACCUCUCAAGUCCUCUGUGCUCCGGGAACUGGGGACCAACGGGAGGCGCGAGGCCCUUCACCGCUACAGGGAGAGCACCCUGACCAGUGGACUCAACUUCAAGGAUGUCCAGAGGGAGCGGGCGCAACUAGGCCAGGAAGAGGAUGGGAGGAAGGUGUUAGUCCUCAGUUACCCCCAGUAUUGCCGGUACCGCUCUGUUUUGGCACGGCUCAGAGAACAGCCAUCCCCUCUGCUCAUAGACCACACGGUGCUGGCGCUGGGCGGCAUUGCUGCGUUGGGUGGGAGCACGAGGAUCCUGUACUGCCGGGACACCUUCGAUCACCCCACCCUGCUCCAGUAUGAAAGCAUCUGCGACGAGUUUGCUCCCAACCUGAAGGGGCGACCUCGAAAGAAGAAGCUGUCCAUCUCUCAGCGGAGGGACUCCCAGGGUCAGGCUCAGGGUCAGGGCUCAUCAGGGUCAAGCCAGAGCUCAACAGCUGUGGCAGCACAAGACCCCUCCAGCCCAGAGAGCAAAACCACAACCAAGGUCAAACCCAACUGCAAAACGGUACCCAAUGGAAAAAUAACCACCCCAGCCAAACAAAAGACCACCGGCCUCAAUAAGAAAUCUUCCACUGAGGAGAAGGACAGAGGAAAGGAGAAGGAGGAGAGGAGCGAGAGAAGGGAGGAGAAGAAAGAGGACGAAGCAUCAGAGGAGAACCGAGCAGAGGAGCAGGCUUUCUUAGUGGCGCUCUACAAGUACAUGAAAGAAAGAGACACGCCCAUAGAGAGGAUCCCCUUCCUUGGCUUCAAACAGAUCAACCUUUGGACUAUGUUUCAAGCGGCUCAGAAACUCGGAGGAUAUGAGUUGAUCACAGUGCGCCGACAGUGGAAGCAUGUAUAUGAUGAAUUGGGCGGCAACCCGAGCAGCACAAGUGCCGCCACAUGUACGCGGAGACACUAUGAGAGGCUCCUCCUUCCUUAUGAAAGGCACAUAAAAGGAGAGCAGGACAAGCCCCUCCCCUUGGCCAAACCGAGGAAGCAGGAGAGCAGCCAAGAAAAGGCCUCUGCAACUGGAGCCAAAGCCAAAGGAGUAGGGGCCAAGAAACCAAAAGGCCCUAACAAUCUCCAACCGGGGAGUAAAAAAGACAGAGGGGAGACAGUGAAAGGCCAAGAGCAUUCACAGGACUCAAAUGGGAAAGAAGAGAAUUAUGAGCUCUCCACAGCCAUAAAAAAGGAGGUGUCUCUGCAGGAAGAACCAAUUGUAAUAGAGGAGGAAGAGCUACAUCUUACUCUGAAGAAGGAGGAGUCGUUGGCAGUGGAGCAGUCAUCUUCACUCUGUCCCAAAGAACCAGACUGCAGAGCCCCACAUGCUGGUCUCCCACUCCACAUGGGCCCUGGUCCCCACCCUGAAUGGAGGCCAGUUAGUGAAGCCCUUCAAUCAAAACUCAGCGGCGAGCAGCAAACCGAAGGGCAUUUUAUUCCUAAAAAUCCUUAUCUUCCUCAUCGCUGGGAUCAGAAUAAACCUGCUGGACAUGUUGCUCUGCCCGAGCCUUUCUCCAAGGUCAAAGACUUCAUUGAAAAUCAUGGCGGGAGAGUGGGGAAGGUGCUGCCCAUGUGUAAGCAGGCAGAUGGACAGUGUAUAGAUUUGAGCACAGAUUCCUUUCCAGAGAAAGAUGACUAUGGAGUCAUUAAAAAGGAAUCUAGUCAGAGCUCCGGACAGACAGCUGCCUACUGCAAAGCCAGCCAGGGAGUUAUGUCUCCUCUGGCCAAAAAGAAGCUCCUCUCCCAAGUAUGUGAAUCCAACUCUUUCACCUUUUCUUCUCAUCCCCUUCAGCCUCCACCUCCCACAACUGCAUCCUCACUCCCUGUCAUAUCAGUGGCUGAACGGGAUAAAGAGAAGAAAAAGAGUGAAGAGGAGGUGAUUGGACAGAGACGUGGGUCAGACAACAUCCCAGAGGUAGCACCUAUUUUCAGGCCAUCAGUGAUCCAGCAUGCCCAAAGCAGCAAGGCUCACCAACAAACCAACAACGGCCAGUCAGAAAGGAGCAUUUCUGGUGAUCUUUCAGAUACUUAUAGCUGCCGGACAAGCCAUCAAAUUCAGCUUAAAGUCAGUGCACCGUGGCAGCCCUACCUCCCCCAAACCCAAGAUGGUGCUGAGAACAAUGGGGAGAAGCUACUCCAGGGCCCAGCCGCUCAGUCCAGGAGCUACCCAGGGGACUGCUACUCCUCUCCUCACCUUCAUAGUCUGUACAGACAAACUGAGAGCUGCCUAAAUCAAGAGAGGUUGGUAGGCUUUGCCAGCGGAGAGCGGAGAGAGCACUACACCAGAGACCGUGAGGGCAGCCAAGGCUUUGUUUGUGGCAGCCUGGAGCAAGAGGGCUUGGCCUACAGAUCUCACUACAGUGAUAGGACUCAAACACGCGAAGAGAGCCGAGAGACCGAAGAUGAGCCCAGAGACUUUACAGUUUCUAAACCUCUCUCUCAGAGGGUUUCCUCCUUUUCAAAGCCCACCUUCUGUAGUCUCCCUUAUUCCAUCAUGCACCAGGGUUUGGAUUCCCAUCCUAAAGCGUGCAGAGUUCCACCUAUGACAAUCUGUCCUCCCAAGCAGAGCUCAGUAGAGUCAUCACAGACAUUUCCCAGCUCCAAAGCUUCAGGUGAAUUAUCCCUCACCAGCCCGAUUCGACCCAAUAAGCGGAGCCUAGUCGAGCCCGAGAGUGAAGAUGCCCCAGAAAGGAAAGUACGUGUGGUGACACCAAUCCACCCUGCCGGUACAAUCCGACGCAGUGACCCAGAGGAGCUAAAACCAGCUGAGCCUGCCCAUGCCAUUCACCUUAACAAUCAUCUCCCCGAGGGCCACCCCACAACCACUUUCCCCCCACCCCAUGCUGCACCCCUCUAUGCUGGCAUGUACCCGCAUGGCAGCCUGGUCUCAGCAGGUGCUCAGGACAGACUCCAGCAGCAUCCAGGUCUUCAGUACCUGAAAAGCCAGUCAGCCGUGUCUCCCUUAGUUCCCCCAUUACCCUUCCCCCCGGUGAUGUUCCACAGGCAGCUGCUGCCCUCCAGCCCCAGCCCGCACCAUUUCUACAGGCACCCUGGUGGUGCAGCACUGUACGGAGACCUAUUGCACCAUCUCUACCCUCUUUCGACCCUCCCACCACCACAGCUGUCCUCGGUACAUCCCAGCACCAGACUGUAAAGGGAGAGAAAACAUUUUUUUUUUUUUUAAUUCUCCUUUUUCAUCUUCAGAAACUGUAUCAGCUUCUUUUUGUCUCUCUUGCUCGGGGAAUGUGGCUCAGUCAGGACAAAAAAACACUGAUUUCAACUUGGAGCUGAUGAAAGACUUGUUAAAUGCGUCAGUCAGAUGGACUGCAAAUUCCAUUUCCUUUUUUUUUUUUUAUUUGUCUAUGCCUUUGUUUAUAUACUUUGCACUGUUCUCGAUUUGUAUCACCACUUACUGUAUCUUUUUUUGUUGUUUUUUUUGCUGUUGUACCCCUAUUUGCACAAUGCUCGUGUAUGUGCUCACAGACCAGAUUGCCGCUCUCAGUAACCAUGAGUCAGGUUGUUGCUCCAGAUGUGUGAAAAAUGGAGGGCAACAGAGAAAAGCCAUUUGUUUACUGCAUCCGAGGGCUAAACCUUGUUGCUUAAAAAACACUACAGGUAACAUCACAAUGAAAAUGAAAUUCUUUAUAUAACUAGAUGUACAAUUAUCAUUGCAAACUGUUCAGCAGUAGCUCAUUAUUAUUAUUCUUUAGGCAGCCAGUGGUGUUGUAUUUGUUUACAUGUCUCCACGCUGAACUCUGUUGCCUGUUUGCACCACAGUAAAUCCACCCAGACUGCUUGGAAUAGACGUUAACAUUCACUGUGGUGCAACACGAAUAGUUUCAUCAUUCAGAGGUGCUGUGUUUUGACAGAUGUACUGUAGAAUCACUAAUGUUUUUUACUCACAUCAGGUUUUUAUUCAUUAAGUAUUUCAGUUCAAAUACAGCUUAACCAGUUUUCAUGCUCAGUCUGUUGACAAAUAAUGAAUGUUUAUUUGUUGAGAGUUAAUGAAAAGCUGGUUUCAUUUGUACUUUCUAAAUUGAAAGUAAUUUAAUCCCCCAAACUCUUUGUGAUGAGUAGACUGUUGCGGCUUGUUUUUGUCUGUAGAACCAGCGUAAUGAAGCAGCCGUCUGCUGUGGAAUGCUCACCACAAAAAAAAAAAGAAAGAAAGAAAGAAAGAAAGAAAAAAAUCAGCAUUUCAUCUUUUUUUCUUUUUGACUUGAAAAGUUCCUCUUUAUUUUUUUUUUAUUUUGAGCAAAGAGACUCUUUAUUUCACUCCCUAAAAAGACUCACUAUGAUUUGAUAGGAAUGUCAUCACUUAGGAUAUUACUGCUUUGCAAAUAUCUGUGCCUUUCGCAGUCUUGGAUUAGAGUUAGCACUACACUUGUUAAGGUUAAUCUUCUGUAGCAGGGUAGGAAAGUCAAUAUUACUGUCACUGUUAUCUCACGCUCAUUCAAAAACAACAUGGCACACUUGGCUAUGGGACAUCAAACUUAAAGGGUAAGGCACACAAUUUUAAACAGUUCAACUUUAACCAAAUCUUUAGUAUUUGUGCUUCAACAAGUCUACUUCAGCUUAACUUUGUUAGGCAAGCGAUUAUACAAGAACCUGCAAGAUUUACUGACAGUUGAUAUUGACACAGGUCUGGUGUCUGUCAUCCGCAGGGUAUGUGAGUGCUAUGUGUUUUCUAGCUGUGAUGAAAAGGUACCAGACUCCAUAAAGUAUGCCUACCGUGCUCCAUAGCCUGAGGUGGGAAAGACAACACCUGCGCUGGCUUUUACAACCACUAUAAUUGCGAUCCAGGAUAGUCGAAAUACACAGUGAACAUGUCUGGUGUUUCAAAAGAAGGAAAAAAAAAAAAAAAAAAAGCUGUAAAUGUCUGUUUGUAGAGUUUUACUGAAUACUUAAAGACAUUCAUUUUUGAUUAAGUACUGUACAUUGCUGUGUCUAGGUAAGCUGGCAUUAGUGCUGGCUCCUGUACAGAACAUUGAUACGGGAUCAAUUCAUGACAGCCCUUCUCUCUUGUCUUAUUUUCUCUGUAAAUAGCACUGUAGAUAGUACUGCGUGGUUGGUAUGAUAUAAACUGUUAUAAUCUGUAAAUACUUAAAAAAAACAGUAUAAAAGUUGGUUACAUGAUCUAGCCGUGUUCUUUCUGCUCUGUUUCAUGUUAGGCUGAACACUACAAAUUAUGAAUUAGGAUACUCUUUUUAUUUGUUGCAUUUUCACUUUUUUUUCCCUCCACGUUGUUUCCAUUAAUGUGCAUCCUAAAAGUGUUUUUGAUACCGUAGCCAUCUGUUUACCAAUCACCCAGCUGGCAAACAAGAUAAAAAAAAUAAAGACAUUUUGUAUGAUAUGACCUCCUGUAUAUUUAAUUAAAAUAUUUUACUAUC